AUGGAUGUUCUAUUUGGAUUGGUGACUCGGAGUGCUGAUGGCUAUGCUCAUGGCCAACGUGCCUUGGUUGUGACGGCCGUUUUGACCUCAUUGUCUGCACUCACUGUGUCCGUGCGAUUAUAUGCACGAGUAGGAUUGUUGAAACUCACCGGUCGUGAAGACUGGACAAUUGUCGGCGCAAUGAUACUGUCGCUUAUAUACCUGGGACUCGUCGCUGCCCAAUUACAUUACGGAAUGGGAAAGCACUCAUGGCUCCUUCCAAAACAUAUUUUACACCAACAACUAAAGUUUCUCUGGGCCGCAAUCCCAAUCUACAACGCCAGCCUAAUAUUCACGAAAUUCUCCAUCCUACUCCAAUACCUCCGCAUAUUCCCAGGUUUCCGCUUCCGCCUAACCUGCCGAAUAGCAAUGGGCAUAGUAGCAGCCUACGGAACCUGGGCCUUCGUAAGCGGCUUCCUAAACUGCGUGCCCGUAGCAAAGUUCUGGAACCAAGAUCUACAUGGCCACUGCCUGAGUUUCGAAGCCGUCUGGUUCUUCAACGCGUCGAUAAAUAUCGCUACAGACGUCGUCCUCCUCUUGCUACCAAUGCCACUCCUCUCGAAACUACAACUCCCGCGCAUGCAGAAAUUUGCGCUGAUGGGAGUGUUUGCCAUAGGCGCCCUCGUCGUCGUGAUGAGUAUCCUCCGACUUUCCAGUCUACGGGAAGUAGGCGAUACGGCCGAUACAUCUUACGUCAAUGUCUCGGCGGCGUAUUGGACAGCGGCUGAAUGCAAUGUUGCUAUCAUCUGCGCUUGUCUUCCGUUCCUGAGACCUGUUAUCAGUGCGAUCUUCCCCAAGAUGCUUUCUACUAAUGGUUACAAUUAUGCGAGCACUAAGCGGCCGGCUGGGUUUACUACUGCGUGUUCGCAGAGGCUUGCUAGUCAGCUUUAUCAAAGUCAGUGCAAGCAGGAGUAUGAUAUGUAUUCUAUUAAUGUUAAGCAUGGCGAGGGCAAUUCUAGCCAUAGUUCUCUUGGUGGCAUUGAAGUUACUACUGAGAUGACUGUUGUUAAGGAGGCUAAGCAGGAGGAUACUGCUAGUGAGCGGCAGUUGGUCGAUGAGCCUUGA